AUGAAGACAGACAAGGCCUUGUAUUUUCUUUUUGCAUUGAAAACAAGUUUGCAGUCAUUCGUGUUCUCUUCUUUGAUUCUCAUGUCUUGGUUCUUUUGUAUCAAACCGGUCACCAAUAUUCAUUUGGUGACAAGUACACUUGCUACUUUUGUAUAUGCCACGGGGCUGUGGAUGUUCAAGAUUUUGGUCUUGAAGGCAUUGGAUUGUCGUUUUAAUGACAAGAAUCACUUUCAGAAACUACAAAAUAUGAUCUCUCAUGAGUACAUUCUUCAGUCACUACUGAGAGAAUCUAAGUAUCCUACUAACAGUGCUAAAUUUAAAAUGAUCAGAGGAGCAUUUAGUACUAUGCGGCUUCUUGUGUGUACAAGGGUACAUACCAUUUGUGAUGCACUAGAGAAGAGUACUAAUGAAGAGGAGCAUCAAGUCGAAAAAGUUAUUAAUAUGGUUUACAAGAAUUUAACAAACAAUGAGCUUAGGGAUAUACAAGAGACAGAUCUUUUAAGGGUCAUGAAGAAAGAGGACAUAGCUGAUUUUCUUCGACUGCUGGAAGGACCUGCGGAAACAAAAAGCAUUAGUCAAGCAUCUCUUAGAAAAUGGAUGGUCAACAUUUACAAGGAGCGGACACUUGUUGUCCAUCUCUUAAACAAUACAAGCAAUAUCAUAGAGCAGCUGAACAUAAUCAUCUCAGUGAAACUAUCAUUCUUGGCAGCUAUUACAUGGUGUCACUUAAUGGGGUUUCGAGCAACAACAUUUCCCCUGUACAUCACUUCUCAUCUAUUGUUCAUACUUAUCUUUGGUGUUUUUUGUUGCAAAACAAUUUGCCAAGGAAUUAAGCUUGCUAUCUUGAUGCACCCGUUUAAUAUAGGCGACCACUGUAUCAUUGACAAUGAGCAGUUGGUGGUUGAAGAGAUAGGGCUUAUCAGUACAGUUUUCUUGAAGAAUAACAAUGAGAAAGUGAUUUGUCUUAAUUCUGUAUUGCUCACCAAAUCUAUUAGCAAUUUAAACCGGACCUCUGACUUGAGGGUUGCUUUGGAGCUUCUUGUCAGUGGUACAACUUCCUCAGAGACGAUAUCAGCUCUGAAGCGUCAGAUAGAUGAGCUACUUGGGAGUAAACCUGAAAUUUGGUGUUCUGAUCACCGUUUGGACCUUAAAGGAAUAGACAAUGUGACACAUAAAUAUAAACUCAAGAUCACUCAUGCAAGAAAUUUUCAGAACUAUACCGAGACGAGCUGUCAGAGAUCUGAGAUUCUUCUUAAGCUGAGAAAGCUUAUGAAAGAGCUUAAUAUUAAGAGUUUUACCAUUCAAUAA